AUGUUGGACCCGUUCCACUGGAGGUAUGGGAGGGUCCUGACUGCAGCACUAUCCCUGGUGUCUGUGUGUCUGGACCUUCUGCUGUUGGCCGGAGUACUCAUCUGCCUCGGGUCAACGCUCAGUGUGGUCCUGGAUGUGUCCUACAGUCUCUGUAUCUGGGUCUCUGCUGCUGUGGCCAUAGUCUACACUCUGCUGGGGGGUCUCUACUCUGUGGCCUACACAGACGUCAUACAGCUCAUCCUGGUGUUUGGAAGUUUGACGUCGUAUGGAUCUCCUUCUCCAUAUGAGCGAGGAGAAGCCGCCCUAGUCCUGCCCAUCUCCCUGCAGCACCUCACCCCAUUCUACGUCUCCAUAAUAGGGAUGGGCUGUGUGGCUGCGGCUGCCAUGUCCUCUGCAGACUCUGUGAUGCUGUCUGCCUCCUCUGUCUUCACUGUCAACAUUUACAAGAGCUUUCUCAGACCCCAGGCAUCUGACAGAGAGUUCCAGUGGGUGAUCCGAUGCACUCUGGAGGACGGCGUCUAUGUGCAGCACUCUCCGGUUAAAACCAUCUCCAUGUUGUGUGGCUUCCUGACCAUAUUGUGUUUUUCUUACCUGGCUUCUGUUCUCUUCAAAAAGGGCCUGCUUCCACAGAAAUGGGAUGUGUUUCAAGUCAAGGAGAAACACUUUACUUUCCCACUGGCUCCAGUAGAGGGCGCUAGAGACCACAGUUUGAAGUUGGAAACGGAGGAUUGUGAGAUGGAGCCACUGAAGGAAUGA